AUGGAUCCCGCCAUUGGAGUUCGGGGCCAAAGGAACGGCAUCGCUACUAUGGCUGUGUUGAUCGAUCAUGGCGCCGAUGUCAACUACGUGUCAAAGAAGUGGGCUACGCCGCUCGACCACGCCGUUCGACAUAACGCCAAGGAGAAACUGUUGUAUCUGCUGAAACAUGGCGCAGAUCCUACCAUUCGGUGCAAGGAACGCGGUCGCGAGGAGUUGUACGAAAUUCUGAAAGCAGCCGAACUUGGUCAACCUUAG